CUGAUCCCUUCAAUCUUACCCACAGUGUGGAGCAGCCGGCAGCGCACACACACACACUCUCACACACACUCACAUUCACUCUCGCACACACACUCGCGCACAACAAAGCGGGCAGACGAGGGAGGCAGAACCAGAAAAGAACAUCACAGAGAACAACAGCGCCGUGCGCCACGCUCACGCCUGGAGUUUUCGGAUACUGCAGUCUGCCUGGAGUUUGUGCCGUUUCCUGUGUGGCUCGUAGGCUUCUCGAGUCCCGUCAGCUGUGUGUGCAGAGAUCCAAAUCCGCCGACUGUCUACAUUGCUGCUUUGUGCAUCAGCCAGACGGGAACAAAGUGUGCGACUAGGAUAUCUGACAACCUCCUUUGGGAACUGACGCUGCGCCGACUGUCAAAGAGCAAGAGAGAGAGAGAAAGAAAGAAAGUCAGGGCAUGAACAGGAGACCAGAAGCCGGCUUUCCGGAGAAGUGAUCGCCACAGUGCCCCCCUCCUUUUCCCUCCUCCUUCCUCUCCUCUCUCCCGUGCUGCUCCUUCUCUGUUCGUGCACACCUCCGCUGGUAUCCCAUCCUCGUCCCUCCGUUCUCCCUCCAUCACCUCUUACUCCCCUUCUUCGGAAGACAGCGUGAGAGGAGAGGCACGGCACGGACGCGCGCCGGCGUCCUUAUCAUCCCAUUUUCUCUCUCUCCGUUCUCCUUCGGCACCAUCUCUCACACGGAUCUAGCCUCCAGCUGCGGAACCAGGAGGAGAGGCUUUUGGAGUUGUCGGAUCCCACGCGAGUCUCCGUAUCCAGCUACAGCCAGAAAGAUUCCAGCUACAUGGGCAAACGUUUGGAACAGCAACCAAUGUACCCCCAGUACACUUACUAUUACCCCCACUACCUUCAGACUAAGCAGUCAUAUGCCCCGCCCCCUCCACCCAUGGCUCCGCCCAGCCCCAGCACCAACAGCAGCAGCCACUGCGGAGCGGAGCAGCUCAGUAAAACCAACCUGUACAUCCGGGGCCUUCCGCCUGGCACCACCGACCAGGACCUCAUCAAACUCUGCCAACCGUAUGGAAAAAUAGUGUCGACAAAGGCAAUCCUGGACAAAAACACCAACCAGUGCAAAGGUUAUGGCUUUGUGGAUUUUGACAGUCCGGCGGCGGCGCAGAAAGCUGUAGCAUCCCUGAAGGCGAGUGGCGUACAGGCACAGAUGGCAAAGCAACAGGAGCAGGACCCCACUAACUUGUACAUCUCUAACCUCCCGGUUUCGAUGGAUGAACAAGAGCUGGAGAACAUGCUGAAGCCCUUCGGACAUGUCAUCUCCACACGGAUACUCCGAGACGCCAACGGGGUCAGCCGAGGGGUCGGCUUCGCCAGGAUGGAGUCCACUGAGAAAUGUGAUGUGGUGAUUCAGCAUUUUAAUGGGAAAUUCCUCAAAACUCCACCAGGAGUACCAGCCCCGACGGAGCCAUUGCUGUGUAAGUUUGCAGACGGGGGACAGAAGAAGAGGCAGAGCCAGAGCAAGUAUCCUCAAAAUGGCCGACCGUGGCACAGGGAAGGAGAGAGUGGCAUGACGCUGACCUAUGACCCCUCUGCAAUGCAAAAUGGAUUCUACUCCUCACCGUACAGCAUCUCCACAAACCGCAUGAUCGCCCAGACGUCAAUCACUCCAUUCAUAGCAGCCUCUCCAGUCUCCACAUAUCAGGUCCAGAGUACGUCGUGGAUGCCUCACCAACAGUAUGUUAUGCAACCUACGGGUGCUGUGAUCACGCCAAGCAUGGACCACGCCAUCUCCAUGCAGCCGGCUAACAUGAUGGGUCCCCUCGCCCAGCAGAUGAACCAUCUGUCCCUGGGUACCACUGGAACUUACAUGACUGCGGCGGCUGCUCCUAUGCAGGGGACCUACAUUCCCCAGUACACUCCGGUGCCUGCCUCAGCUGUCUCGAUGGAGGGCGUGGUGACGGAGGCUUCUCCACAGAGCGUUCCUUCGUCGCAGGACGCCGGCGGUCAACAGCCUCUGGGCAUGGACAACACCAGCGAUCACGUGCCCACCUACUCUUUUCAAUCCGCUAAAUAACCAGAGGAGGAGGGGGGCGUUGAGGUGACAGUGUUGCCUUGAGACUGGGGGACUGCGAGGGAACAUUGAAGACGUAACGCAAGAGAUAGGAAAACACGUUUGUGUCUACUUUCGCACAAGCAUCGAAACAAAAAACAAACCAUUUAUUUAACACCUGGCCCACACCGGAGGACCUUUUGGAGAACUCACAUCUAGAACUUCAACAGGAGAAAUGCAGUGUGGGAGAUCGAGCCUACUGUUAAUCGGCUACCUGAAAAAACUUAACCUUCACGAAGUGACGAAUUCAGUACAAGUACAAGUUUUCCUAUAGUUUUUGUUUUGUUUUUGAAUGUGCUGGUAGGUUUCAGAAACAGUGGGCUUUUCUAUUAGAUGAGGAAGCACGUUCUUGUAAAACAGUGAGAGAUGGAGCUAAAGAAGUCUUCCUCGGAUUCUAAGCUAUUAUUACUUUUCUUUUUUAUGAGUUAGAUUUUAGUUUUCUAGAGAAUAUCAAUGUUUUUAAUCUUUGUUGCCUUAAUUUUGAGAAACAUCUAAGACUUUUUCCUGUCUGAACCGAACAGACUGACCAAUGCAGUGAAAAUAAGCAGAAACCGAAAGGAAGGUUACGUGUAUAGAGCAGAGAGAGAGAGAGAGAGAGAGAGAGAGAGAGAGAGAGAGAGAGGUCUACUGGAGACGUUUUAAAUUAUCAGUGGUGACUUGGUGUUUAAAAGAGAAGACAGACAAAUUAUUAUGAUGAUGAUGAUGAUGAGCAUUUUUUUUAGAAACAAAAGGUUAAUCCACUGCAUCAUGGGAAUUGCAGUUUAUUGUGUAGUGCAGAUCAUUUUUAAUGGCAUUAUUGUUUUUAUCUGCAAUAUUUUUAUGAGCUUUAAGGUGUUUUUAGCCUGCUUUGCUUGUUUCAUUGCGGAAAAAAGAAACUAAAACGGUAAAAAAAAUUGUACUGGCAGUGCAAAUCUACAUAGAUAAGAGCUUAUGGGUUAAAUCAAAACAAAAAAGCAAAUGUGUGCAAAAAGCAAUAGAAAUAGGAAAUUGUUGACAAUUUCUUUAGUCUUUCUUAGCUGUGGAUCAAAUGCAGCCCGUGGACGGCAUAUUUUAUACCAAAGAUGAAGAAACCCCCCUCAAGACAGUGGAGUGGAUUACAUUUUCAUUUUCUUGUUUUCUAUUUGAGAUUUUUUGGUGUUUUAAUAAUUAUGUUCUAGAUGUAUCUGUUUGACCUCGACGGCCAGAUCGGUACUCUUGAAGGUUUAAACUUCCUUCCACUGUUGCAGAAUCUAUGUCAAAUGUUCAGUUUGACAGGCAAAAGCACCGUCACGGAUUUUGCACGAGUGGGAUCUUUCCACCAGAGGGCGUCAGAGAGCGACUGACCCAUCGUUCAUUCUUUUCUAGCCUCUGGCCAUGAGCUAUACCUCUCCAUCACUGCACCUUCUCGGUCACUGACCUAGGGUCAGUCGCUACAUCACACAUCCAUAGAGCUUUCUUAUGCAGAAGGCUGCUGUCAUCGUUUUAACUCAACAGGAAGGAAUAAAAACACUAGUGUGUAUUUAAACUCUGUGUACAGAUCACUACCUCAUCGAAAGCAUCAUUUUACUAUGAGGAAACACAGGAAUGUAGGCAAAAUUUGGUGGGCUUUGCUUUGGGGGCACUGAGAUACAUGAGCAAAAAUAGCAUCCGUUAAAAAAUAGGACUCCCAGUCCUCCACGUGUCUGCAGUCGUAGCGAUCGAACUCCUCAUGUUAAAUGCAAGGUUUCUUUAAUCUACCCGAUGCCAUUGGAAAUCUCGCAUGAGAAAAGAGAACACGAAGGUGCCCGUUUUAAACGUGAGAUUGGGUGGAUGCUCAGGUGCCUUGUUUCUAUCAAAGUAAAACAUAUGACAUUACAUUCAAUUUCGGCCUUGCAUCUCCGAAAUCUGCUAUACUUUUCAAGCUGCCCAUUCCAGACAGGGGAACUAGCAAAUACAAGAGUAAAUGGAGGUAAAAAUCAUGUUUUUUUUAAAGGCUGCUGUCGUUUAUUUACAGUGGGAAGGAUGUUCAUUUCAUAGGAUAACACUACAGCAAAGAGUUUCAAUACACAUGGUGAAUUCUAGACUGCCUCAUAAACACGCCUCCUAGUUUUACAGUCAGGGUCAUGAAGACUUCUCGAGGUGCUCUGGGAAUAAAUGCACCUGUCAAUAGGAAGAAGGCAGUCGUACUUGGAAUUAUAUUCUAACAUUUUUUGUAUGAACUGUGUUACUGAGGGACCCACGGGGAAAAAAAACUAAAGAUGAGUUUGAUUUGUGUAUUUGCUUGUCAUAGUGGUUCAUGCGCUCUUUAUAACAUCUUUCACUGUGUUUACCAAGAGUUGAGUCUCUUUGGUCUUCUCAGAAUCUCCACAACAGGACCUCUGCAGUACAACCACGUAAUGAUAUCAACGAGCCACUAGGGGGCGGUAUUAACGCAAUUGGCGAAGACACUUUGGAUUGAAUCGCAGUUUGGAGGAAUAUGUUGUGAUAAUCGUAAGGACCAAGGCAGCACUGCUUCAAUAAGGAAAACAAGCUUUUCAUUGUCACUUAUUGAAACGAAAACAAAAAAAAAGAAAGAAAAAAGUCACUGUGUUUUGUGUCUGUUCUCCACUGUGUGUUUGGAGAGUUGAUUUUAACAUGUGCUCGCUGCUAUCAAGCGUUCAGUAUUUACAGAGAGAAGUAACCCGGGCUGAUGUUCUCUUACGAGAGAUGUACGUGUGGUUUCAUUUAGGUCCGAGUACAUUGUGCACUCUGCGGCCUUCAUGCCUCUCGUUAUGGAGUGAAUUAAUGCGUGAGAUUAAGCUGGAUGUUUCCUUAGCUUCAGGACAGAGUUCUCAUCCCAGCUAUGAUUCAGUAAGCUAAAAGGUUUUUCGCAAACUACAAACGUUGCGCUGCCAUUGUGACAUUCUGUUUUCCAUUGGAUGUGAGGUCCAGGCCAUGCAUUGUUCAUCUGUAUUUGAUUGGCUGUCGCGGUUGAGGUCUUUAAACGAAGAACGUUCACCGGACCGUCGAGACUUUCAACUCAACGCGAAGGGUCGUGGAACGCAACCAAAUUGACCACAAACGGCAAAACCUCAAUUAGAGACGUACUGGCAGAUGAAAUAGAGAAAUAUUUAUGGAACCGUUUUCUGUACAGGUGUUGUUGAAAUAUGAAAGAGGAACUGUUUUACGAUGAUUUUCUGACUUGCUUCACUUUCUUGCCUCCCAUGUGCUCGAGCUGUGAUCCCGAGAGCGUCUGUAGACCAGUGGAUGUUAGGUUUAAACUUCUGUUUAUUCAUUUUUCUUUUGAUGAAGCUUUCAAUAAAAAAAUCUACAAAAUCA